CGUUGAAUACAAGCAGGCUAACAAAACGACAAGAUGACAUUGGCUGCAAACAAAAUAUGAAGUUAGAUCAAUUUUCUUGUCAAACCCAAAUGUAAUUUUGACACUACUUCUUUGUAAUCGCCGUGCUUGAAGUUGAUAUGGCGCUUGUUCUUGUUAUUGAUUCUCUUAUCUUUGUUUUCAUUUCUAGUUGAACCGUAUUUUACAGCUUCACUGUCGAUAAUGGCGGCCCCUUUGUCUUCUCCAGUCUUUCCUAUAACGGCCUCUCGCUCAUCUUCUUCAUCUCUGAAACUAAGGAAAUAUACUGUCAAUUCCGCUUCUUCUUCCUUCUCCUUCUGCCCUAUUGGUUACAAUUCUCGUUCUGCUCCUCCAUCUCUUACUAGGAAAUUAUAUAGAGUCCACGCUACCCUUUUGCAAGAUAAUGAGGACAAAGUGGUAGUGGAAGAAUCCUUUCAGACCAAAACUUCAUCCAAGGAUGAGCUGAAGGAAAGCAGUGGAGAACCACCAGAGAGCACAUCUUCCAGUACUUUGGAGAGUUGGGUCAUCAAGUUUGAGCAAUCCGUUAACGUAUUGCUGACGGACUCGGUGAUAAAGAUACUUGACACCUUGUAUCAUGACAGAAAUUAUGCCAGAUUCUUCGUUUUAGAAACUAUUGCCAGAGUCCCUUACUUUGCUUUUAUGUCUGUUCUACACUUGUAUGAGACGUUUGGUUGGUGGAGAAGAGCAGAUUAUUUGAAAGUACAUUUUGCUGAGAGCUGGAAUGAGAUGCACCACUUGCUUAUCAUGGAGGAACUCGGGGGAAGUUCUCUGUGGUUCGAUCGCUUUCUUGCUCAACAUAUUGCGGUUUUUUACUAUUUUAUGACAGUCUUUAUGUAUAUAGUAAGCCCAAGAAUGGCAUAUCAUUUUUCUGAAUGCGUAGAGAGCCAUGCAUUUUCAACCUAUGACAAAUUCAUCAAGGCUGAAGGAGAUGAGUUGAAAAAGUUGCCUGCACCCGAGAUUGCUGUGAAGUACUACACUGGAGACGAUUUGUAUUUAUUUGAUGAAUUUCAAACUUCUAGACCACCCAACUCUCGAAGACCAACUAUAGAGAAUCUAUAUGAUGUAUUUCUCAACAUAAGAGAUGAUGAAGCUGAACAUUGCAAGACCAUGAAAGCCUGCCAAACUCACGGUAACCUCCGGUCGCCUCAUUCAUACCCAGAAGAUGAAUUCGAAGAUGAAGGUAAUUGUGUACUACCUCAAGCAGAUUGUGAAGGUAUUGUAGAUUGUGUAAAAAAAUCUGUCUCAACAAAGAAAAUUUAAUUGUUUGUAUACAUGGCCAAAUUUAUUACAAAGUAGCUGUAACAGUCAAAGAUAAACAAAUAUAGUUUCUCAGUUUUUUGUUUAUAUAGAUUGAACCAUAAAGAUAAAUGUGGAAUUUCAUAUUAAUUUUUAUCUGUGUAUAUAUAGAAAUAUUUUUAA